UUAACCAUUCAAAUAUGGUUUCGAUUGUUCCUUCAUUCCUAAGGUCAAAGCAUUUCAAUUCUACCAGAUAUAAGUUUUCCGUAGAAAAAUGUGCAACUAUCACAUGCAGAGCGAAAGGCUUCGUACCAAUUGGAGAAAGGCACUUUCCAGAUUCGGUAAAAGCUGCCGAUGGUACGAUAGUUUCAACUGACGUGAUUGAAGGAAAUGUGACACUUGCUAAUUUAAUGGUCGGUGAUCAUAUUGAAAGUACUGUAAUGAGCGGUACUCUUGGUGGCGUUCUGCUUUACUAUAACAGAAACUGCUUCAUCACUUGCGCUCACGUUAUGCUGGACGAACAAAGCAUGAUAUCAAGAAAAUUCAAUCAAAUCCAUAAAAAGGAUCUUCGUGUAUUUAUACGAGAUGGAAAUGGAUUAAGGAUUGAAUGUGGGAAUACCUUGCGAUGUGAUUUUGAAACCGGUUCGGAUACUAAGCCAGGUAUUGAUGUUGCUAUUAUUGAAAUGAAUGCUCAAUUUAAAGUCAAUCCCAAUUCAAUGGUCAAGGACAAGGCACAAAAUCCGCAUUCGCAUCUUUACUUAGGAAUGUCUAAUGAAUACCUAAAUGACAAUUGCAUAGACUAUGAACUGCUUACGUUAACAAAUUCUCAUGUAGAAAUUAUGGCAUUUGGUCAGCAGACGACAAUUGACAAAUGUAAAACAGUUUGUCAACCAGAAGAAGUGAUUGAAGUUGAGUUAAAAAGUAUGGGACAUGCUACUGCAGUUGCAAAUGGUAAUACGACAUUCCCUGUCAUGAUUGCACAGCCGGCUCAUUUCCAGAUGCCCCAGGGUAGAUUUCCUGCUACCACAACAUUUAGAAUGUACAAUCAAUUAUGCUUGAAUGUUCCACUAGUUUCUGGUGAUUCUGGCACAUGUAUUUAUUUGAGAAAUUGUCCAUAUGCAAGUGCAAAUGUAAAAUGUAACCUUUCUGGUUCAAACGGCAAGUGUCCUCAUUCCGGUUGUUUAGGAAUGGCUAUUGCGUUUUCAAAUGGAAUGUCAAUCGUUACACCAUUGAAAAAGAUAUUUGAUUACAUAUUGUAACUUAAAGAUACAAAUAAUCAGAUGAUGAAUCAUUUCUUUGAGAUACAUCAUAAAACAUCAAAUUUCAGCAAACAACAUAUAAACCCCACCAAAAAUGCUGGUUCUUUGUUUUGAUAACAAAAACGUACAGAUAUUCUUACAAUCGAUCUUUUUUUACUUUCUCUUUAUAUAUACAAUAGAAUGAUAAUGUAAAAUAUAAUAUAAAGAAUCGUGCAUCUGCUCUACAUUUUAGUUCUUCCAUUCCAGUGUAUUCUUCACCAGAAUAUUUGGACUAAUAUUCAAUGAUGUGCGAAUCAACAUUCGAAAUAGUGUUUACAAAAUAUUGCCUCUUUUACAAAUUUUCUGUUACAAAAUGAUAGAAAUUAUUAUAAAUUAAGGAAUGUAUCUCCCUCAUGCAAAGCUCUGAUUCCUUUCACGGAUUUGGCUAUACUUUUUGGACCUUUUGGAUUAUAGCUCUUCAUCUUUUAUAUAAGCUUUGGAUUUCAAAUAUUUUGGCCACGAGCAUCACUGAAGAGACAUGUAUUGUCGAAAUGCGCAUCUGGUGCAAGAA